AUGGCCAUCAUCAAUCUUCUCGCCUCACCUUGGGCGCUCGCCGCCGCUCUGGUUGCCGUUGCUGCCUACUAUGUUUACCCUUAUUUCGUCACCUACGGCCACUUCCGUGGGAUUCCAGCCCCAUUCCCCGCACAGUUCACUAAUUGGUGGCUGUUGUACGCAUGCCGACGCGGCAAGCGGUAUCUCAUCGUCGACGAGGUACAUAAGAAAUUAGGGCCGGUAGUACGAAUCCAGCCGAACCAUAUCAGCAUUGCUGAUGAUGAAGCUAUCCCGAUUAUCUACGGACACGGAAACGGAUUCUUGAAAUCCGAGUUCUACGAUGCUUUCGUGUCUAUCAAGCGGGGCCUGUUCAACACGCGCGAUCGCGCGGAGCAUACUCGCAAGCGGAAGAUGGUUUCACAUACAUUUGCCCCGAAGAGUAUCAGCCAGUUCGAGCCCUAUAUCGCUGAGAACCUAGAGUUGUUUGUAAACCGAUGGGAUGAGCUAGCUGAAAAAUCACCUCGCGGAGACAAGACUGCUCACGUCGAUUGCCUGAAGUGGUUUAACUAUGUCGCGUUUGACACCAUUGGUGAUCUAGCGUUUGGCGCACCAUUCGGCAUGUUGAAGGCGGGCGCUGACAUCGCCGAGGUACGGAUGUCCGUGGACGCACCUCCAAUCUAUGCGCCUGCGGUCGAGAUUCUCAAUCGCAGAGGUGAGGUAUCUGCAACCCUCGGCUGUCUCCCUUCCAUCAAACCAUAUGCAAAGUGGUUGCCCGACCCCUUCUUCUCUCAGGGUCUUGCUGCUGUCGAGAAUUUAGCCGGGAUCGCAAUCGCGCGGGUCAAGGAUCGUCUCGAUAACCCGCCAAACAUCAACCGAACCGAUCUCUUGGCGCGACUGCAAGAAGGCCGCGAUGAGAAAGGCGAACCGCUAGGUUUCCAAGAACUAACUGCUGAAGCCCUAACUCAGCUGAUUGCGGGGUCCGACACUACAUCAAACACAUCCUGUGCACUUCUAUACUAUGUAGCCAAGACUCCCGGCGUGAUUCAAAAGCUACAAGAAGAGCUCGAUGCUGCCAUCCCCGACAGCAACACAAAGGUACCAGAUUAUGAAUCCGUCAGGAAUUUACCGUACCUUGAAGCCGUGAUCAAUGAGACGAUGCGCAUCCAUUCAACAUCGGGCAUUGGGCUCCCGCGCCAGAUCCCGGAGGGCUCGCAGGGCAUCCAUCUACACGGACACUACUUCCCGGCAGGGACAGUCUUGAGUGUCCCGACGUACACGAUUCAUCACUCGAAGGACAUUUGGGGCCCAGACGCUGAUGAAUUCCGCCCCGAGCGCUGGGAGAAUGCGACAACACGCCAGCGCAACGCCUUCAUUCCUUUCAGCUACGGGCCGCGAUCUUGCGUGGGGAGAAACGUAGCCGAAAUGGAAAUGAAAAUGAUUGCCUCUACGUGGUUGCGCCGGUACGAUGUCUUCUUGAGACAAGAGGUAAUGGAGACACGCGAGGGAUUCCUAAGGAAACCUUUGGCGUUGGAGAUUGGGCUCAAGCGGCGCUCUGGUUAA